AUGAGCGCGACCACGGCCCCCCCGCCUGAGAAGGCGCUGGACGCGCCCGCGAACGACACGAGUGGCGCGGACAGUGCUUCUGAAAUCCAAGUCGGGGACGAGGGCGUCAACACGAAAGCGUUGCUGAGAAAGAUGGACGCCAAGCUUCUCCCAGCCGUAGGAAUCCUGUAUUUGCUUUCGUUUCUUGACAGAUCCAACGUGGGCAACGCCAGAAUCGAAGGGCUCACCGACGAUUUGCACAUGACUGGCAACCAGUACCUCACUGGGUUGACUUUGUAUUUCAUCGGUUACGUCCUAUUUGAAAUCCCAUGCAAUAUCAUCCUCAAGAGAACAACGCCGAGAUUCUGGCUUCCGUCGCUAACAAUUGCCUGGGGAAUUGUUGCCACGCUCAUGGGCAUCGUGACGAACAUGGCCGGAUUCUUUGUUGCUCGCUUCUUCCUCGGCGUCACGGAGAGUGGGCUCUUCCCUGGUGUUGUGUACUACUUCUCCAUGUGGUACAAGCGCCGUGAGAGACAAUACCGCAUCUCACUCUUCUUCAGUGCUGCGUCUCUUGCCGGGGCUUUUGGCGGUAUCCUAGCAUGGGUGACUGAUUCCCACGAGGGUAUCGCAACUGUGGUCAUCGCGACCGGCGCUUACUGGUUCAUUCAGAACUACCCCGACACUGCCAAGUUCUUAUCAGAAAAAGAGCGUCGCUUCAUCCGAGCCCGGCUUGCCGCUGAUAGCGAUGCGACUCACAAUGAGAAGUUCACUUGGGGAAACGUCAUGGAAGCGAUCAAGGACCCCAAGUGCUGGUUGUACGGCCUUGCUUUCCACACCAUGAGCUUACCGCUUUACACGUUCUCCCUCUUCAUCCCCACCAUCAUCAAGAAUCUUGGCUAUACCGCCGCCGUGGCGCAACUUCUGACCAUCCCGCCGUACGCCGUGGCCUUCGUCACGACCCUGGGUGUCGCUAUAUAUUCUGAGCGCACGGGUCGGCGCGCGUUUUUCAUCAUGGGCUCGUCCGCCUUCGCCGCCGUCGGCUACAUCAUCCUCCUCGCCAACGGCGAUCCGACCGGGAAGCCCGGCGUCUCCUAUCUCGGCACCUUUUUCGCGGCGGGGGGGAUCUACCCAGCCACCGCCCUGGUCCUCUCGUGGCCGGCCAUCAACGUUUCCGGCCAGACCAAGCGGGCCGUCGGCAACGCCAUGCAGAUUACCAUUGGGAACUUGGGCGCUGUUCUCGGGACGCAGCUCUACCGUUCCAAUGAUGGGCCGAGAUACUUCGUCGGGCACUCCUUUGCGCUGGGAUACCUCCUUGCCAAUGUUGUUGUCUGCGGUAUCUUGUACGUCGUGCUCAAGCGCGAGAACACGAGGAGGGAGGCCAUCGCCCCGGAGGUCCAGGCGAUCGGCGACUUGACGGAUUGGCCUGGAGACAAAGACCCCAGGUGGAGAUUCCAAUACUAG